AUGGGAUUUGACAGUGCCCUUGGCAGAAUUGGAGACAGAGUGGAGAAUCUGUCUCUUCCUCAGUGUUUGGACAGAAUAGACCCAGAAAUGCCCCUUUUUCCAGCCUCCAACCACCCUCUGACCUCUUUUUCAGUGACCGCCUUCAGAACCAUCUCAGCCAUCCUUAGCCUUGAGACCAGCCAACACCGCUUUUUGAGCUUAACUCCUUAUUGCCAAGCAACCACGAGCUCCCAAAUUCAUCACAAUUAUCCCACCGCAGGGGAGGCUGCUGCCCAGCGCCUGUUGGGCCUGCCUCUGCGGGCCUCCUACACCUGCCUUUCUGUGGGCUUCUAUGAGUAUUUCCACCUCGACAAUGUGUCUCUGAAAAGCAUGGGGCACUUCUUGCGAGAGAAGCGAGAGGGAGCCCAGCGUCUCUUGAAGACAAACCAGCCAGGCAGCUAUGCCCUCUUCCAGGACGUGCAGAAGCCUUCCCAAGAUGAGUGGGGUAAAUCUCAGGAUGCCAGGGAAGCCGCCAUGGUCCUAGAGAAGAACCUGACCCAGGCCUUUGAAUCUGCAAGUCCUGGGCUCUGCCGCACAGACCCCCAUCUCUGUGCCCUCCUGGAGAACCACUUCCUGGAGGAGGAGGGGAAACCCAUCAGGAAAAUGGGCGACUGCCUGGCUAACCUCCGCAGGCUGGCCGGUUCCCGGGCUGGGCUGGGCCGGUAUCUCUAUGAAAGGAUCACUCUAGCGUGA